AUGGCUGGGAGGAGGCUGCCGGCGUUCUGCCGCGGCGGUUGGUCGACGGCGGCGGCGGCGGCGACGACGCCGAGGGUGAUCAGGAAGCGCGUGCAGCGGGUGGCGGCCGGCUACCACCACCACCACCACCACCACCACGGCGGCGCCUCCUCCAAGCUGCCAGCGGCGGCGAGCUUGGGCGGAAGGACUUGUGAUGAAGGCGGGUGGUGGUGGUGGUACGGCGUCGGCGGUGCGGACGUGGUCGGCGCCGCAGCCGGCGCGGACGGCGGCGAUAGGAAGGACGGUGGCGGCGGGCGGCGCCUGGUGAUGGUCGUGGCGGACGGGCGCGCGGAGGCGGCCGGCGCGCUGCAGUGGGCGCUGUCGCAGGCCGUCCGGCGCAACGACGCCGUCCUCCUCCUCGCCGUCGUCAAGCCGCCGCCGCCGGCGGCGUCGUCAGCGGGCGACGGCGGUGAGUCCUUCUGCGUGAACAUGUCAAGGACAAGGUGCUACCAACAGCUCGACGCCAUGAGGAGCUUGUGUGAAUCAGCCAGACCAGAGGUGAAGGUGGAGGUGUGUGUGGUGGAGGCGGCAGGGCGGGAGCGCGCGCCGGCGGUGGUGGAGGCGGCGAGGCGCCACGGCGCGUCGCUGCUCGUGCUGGGCCAGCGCCGGCGGCGGGCGGCCGCGCGGUGGCUGCUGGCGCUCCGGCGGCGGAGGGGCGGGAUGAGGAGGACGACGGUGGAGUACUGCAUCGAGCACGCGCCGGCGCCGUGCGUCGCGCUGGGCGUCCGGCGGCGGAGCUCCGGCGGCUACCUCGUCUCCAGCAAGCGGCACAAGGACUUCUGGCUCCUCGCUUAAUUAAUUAAUUAUGGUUUCUAGUAUUACUAGUAGCUAAUUAAUUUCUGGAUCGGUCGAUUAGUAAUUCACAUGCACGAUGCUUGAUCAAGGAAGGUGUCAACUGUGUCAAGUGCUGAGGAUGAUCGAGUUUCAAACAUUAGACGGUGAAACCUACGAAUCAAAAAAACAGGAAAUGCGAUUCUGCAUGUUUUUGACAUUAUAUACCCAUGUAGCUAUUAUGUAACAGAAUUGCAAUAAAUAUAUCAUACGUUCUAAACUUUAGAAGUUCUACAUAUUUGUC